AUGACUUGGGUUCGUCUGGAGAUUGACCUAAUUCGAGGCCUUUGUGCCACGAUCCAUGCCUCGUUACUGAACUGCAACUGUGAGGCAGGUCCUCCGGGACCACCGGGACCGCGUGGUCCACCAGGCCUCAUUGGUGGUGGCGGCGGAGGUGGCCCUUGGGGUUAUCCGCCCAUGCCGCCAUAUGGUCCCAUUAUGGGACCCAGAGGCUUGCCGGGACCACCUGGUCCACCUGGCUACUGUUUUCCCUGUCCCCAUCGUGGUCAUGGUGGCUUUGGUCCUGGUCCUGGUCUGGGAGGCGGUAACUUUGGUGGACCCGGAGGCGUGUCGGGUCAGGGCAUUGCCUCCGCCAUUGGCAAUAUUAUCAUUAUACCUUCCGGCAUUAAUGGACGUGCCCAGCUGUUCCGCAUCACACCCGACGGACAGCUGGUGCGCAUCGAGAAUCCUCGCGAGAGUCUCAACGAGAUUCUGCCCAGCAAUGUGCAGGAUUUACUGGCACAACAGGCUGCGGUGCCCACAGCUGCCACCGUGACAGGGAUUACACCGCCCACUCCCGAUGAUCAGCCCGAGGGUCUGGAUGAGACCAUGUUUGCCGUGUCCUCAGCCAACAUGGAAUCCCGCAAGGAUACAUUGCGUGGCCUUUCGGAUGCCAAAGAUUGGCGUCGAAUUUUACUGCUGGGUGAACCUUCCUCCGCCUCCGCCUCCCCGGAGCAGACGAGCACCAAUCAACUGGGAAAUUCCAUGGACAGCUUUCAACGAGCUCUCGUCGAUCUGAGGGAUAAGUACGCCUCUUUAAUGCAACCUCCUACCAACAACAACGAUCAGCGUUAUGCCGUCAUUCUCUAGACUUCUAAGUAGACCCAACUUAUUAUUCACUGAUA